AUGAAUCCAGCGAAACCCUCUCAAUCGUCACUAUUUCAGGUGUACCUCCGCCUUCGUCCGCCCAUCUCCCAGCAAGAUGACCAGGCUGAACGAUGCUUAACAGUCGAGUAUCCAGAAUCUCAAAACGUCGCUGAAAAUGGCCACGAGACUCCAGCUCCAGCGGCAACUCAUAUUAUCCUACAACCACCAAGCGAUGCUAGAAAGCGGGCAGUUGAGAAAUUUGGCUUUACCAAGGUUUUUGAAGAGUCGGCUUGUCAGUUAAAUGUGUUCGAGGACACAGGACUCGAUUCAAUUAUACGGGGAGUGUUGCUCGAGGGAAGAGAUGGCUUGGUCGCUACAUUAGGUGUGACAGGAAGUGGAAAGAGCCACACCAUCUUGGGCUCGAAAGCCCAAAGAGGCCUCACCCAAAUGAGUCUCGAUGUGAUUUUCAAAUCGUUAGCCUCGACAAUCAAGCCACCAGACAACUCUAUCAAUCCCCUCCUUUUGUCCUCAGUUGCGUCGUCGGACCAGUCAGAAUCGCAGAUAUUCACGGCACAGACGUUUCUCGAAGCCGUAUAUGGAGAUCAAAGUGCCGACCGUGGCAGGAAUUCUAGAGCACAGACCCCAAUGAGCUCCUCUAGAGCUCAAACUCCUCUGACGGUAUGCUUCCCUCCCCAGAGCCAAUUGUUCAGGUCCUCGGUUUUGCGCCCUCAAGCCCCCUCUCCAAGUCCUUUUUGUGGCUAUAAGGCGGUGUAUAGCCUACGCAAUGGAUAUUCCCCAAUCUUGAGCCGCCUUAGCCCAAUUGUCGCCAUCAAAGCGAGCCCUAGACGAAUGGUCCCUGGCUUUUCCCCUGCACUUCCAUACACUCAGCCUAGCUUUAUUGAGCUGAAUCGCGCUAAACAAUCUCAACACUUAAAGGAGCCGGCGCCUGCCAUUAUUUUCCCCCGUCGUAAUCUGCCCCAGCGACCAAAUGUUCCACCUCGUUCGCCCGAUGUCAGCCAUCUCACGUUGGAACUGAACCCUAACUCUGAAUAUAUCGUACUGGUGUCAAUGUAUGAAGUCUAUAAUGAUCGCAUCUUUGACCUCCUGUCGCCAGCAAUAGUUCCAGGCCAAGGAAGUACCGUGUCGCGAGGGGGAACCAGCCAGAAGGACAGACGAAGACCCCUCCUUUUCAAGUCUACUGAAGGAUCUCCCGACAGGAAGGUCGUCGCGGGCUUACGCAAAAUAGCCUGCAGUACUUAUGAAGAGGCGCUGGCCAUCCUAGAAGUCGGACUUACUGAGCGCAAAGUCACAGGUACUGGCGCAAACAGCGUCAGCUCCCGAAGCCAUGGAUUCUUCUGUCUCGAAGUCAAGAGAAGGAUGCGCAACAAGAGAACGGGAGAAGAAACAUGGAUGGGCAACACACUCACAGUAGCAGAUCUUGCUGGCUCCGAGCGUGCAAGAACCGCCAAAACGGCUGGAUCUACCCUGGCUGAGGCGGGUAAAAUCAACGAAAGUCUGAUGUAUCUCGGUCAAUGCUUACAAAUGCAGAGUGAGAUACAAGAAGGGAAGACUGCUCUGGUUCCAUUCAGACAGUGCAAGCUCACCGAGCUACUCUUCUCAAACUCAUUCCCAUCAUCUAACCAGGCAUCUGGCCCCAACCGUCACCCGCAGAAGGCAAUCAUGGUAGUAACCGCUGAUCCUCUCGGGGACUACAACGCAACUUCGCAGAUCCUGCGCUAUUCGGCUUUGGCACGGGAAGUCACUGUGCCUCGGGCUCCCUCUGCAACAGAGUCUGUCUUUUCUGCUACAGUCGAACCUCGCAAGUCUUCUGCUAGCGGACGCUCUACGCCGAAUAUGGCAACCAGUGAAGAGCUCGACAAAGCAUUAGCCGAAAUCAACAGACUGAGGAAGGAGAAUGAGGCACUUUCCGUGAGAUUAGCAGAAGAAGAGAUCACGAGAGCGGAAUUAGAUAUGAGACUGAAAUCGACAGAAGAAACAUGUCUCAUAAUUGAGCAGGAAGUGCGCGAAGAGUGCUGGGCCGAAAUGGAUGAGAGGAUGGAAGAAGAGAGAAAGAAGUGGCAAAUUGCUCUGGAGGAACAGGCUGGCCAUAACGAUGAACACCUUGAUAAGAAGAUUGAACUACUGUCUCGUGGUUUCCAAGUCCAUACAGAUCCCGAGCCCUCGAGUGAUGAGAGGGUGGAAGAACUGGAGUUUGAAAUUGACCAGCUUCGCAGCAAAGUUACAUCAUUGGAACGUGAACUGAUGUGCCGGUCUCCUACAAAGAAGUCCAAAUCCAAGAAUACGCUCGAGCCGUCUCGCAAUUCCAAUAUUCUUGGUCGCGAAAGUGACAUUGAUAUGGCUCUUCAACGAAUGGAUCAGUUGAAGCUUGCAGACAGCAUGUUCUCUCCUGCUCCACCUGUAAACUCCCCCGGGAAGAGGCUAAGAAAGAUGGCAACCCGCAAAUGGGAUUUCGCCCCCGAGGAAGACAUCUAA